AGGUGAGGCCGGCGGCGUGGGUCCUUGCGGUGCACGGAACCGGCGCUUUGGUAGUUCCUUCUGAGGAAAGGCGGUAGUUUGGAAUUUGGAAAGGCCAGGGAACUAGUCUCUCUUCUCCUGAAGUUUGAAAUGCUUUAUCUCAUCGGCUUGGGCCUGGGAGAUGCCAAGGACAUCACAGUCAAGGGCCUGGAAGCUGUUAGACGCUGCAGUCGAGUGUAUCUAGAAGCCUACACCUCAGUCCUGACUGUAGGGAAGGAAGCCUUGGAAGAGUUUUACGGAAGAAAAUUGAUUCUUGCUGAUAGAGAAGAAGUGGAACAAGAAGCAGAUAAUAUUUUAAAGGAUGCUGAUAUCAGUGAUGUUGCGUUCCUUGUGGUUGGCGAUCCGUUUGGGGCUACAACACACAGUGAUCUUGUUCUAAGAGCAACAAAGCUGGGAAUUCCUUACAGAGUUAUUCACAAUGCCUCCAUAAUGAAUGCUGUAGGCUGCUGUGGUUUACAGUUAUAUAAGUUUGGAGAGACAGUUUCUAUUGUUUUUUGGACAGACACUUGGAGACCAGAAAGCUUCUUUGACAAAGUGAAGAAGAACAGACAAAAUGGCAUGCACACAUUAUGUUUACUAGACAUCAAAGUAAAGGAGCAGUCUUUGGAAAAUCUAAUCAAGGGAAGGAAGAUCUAUGAACCUCCACGGUAUAUGAGUGUAAACCAAGCAGCCCAGCAGCUUCUGGAGAUUAUUCAAAAUCAAAGAAUACGAGGAGAAGAACCAGCAAUCACCGAGGAGACACUUUGUGUUGGCUUAGCCAGGGUUGGAGCAGACGACCAGAAAAUUGCAGCAGGCACUUUACAGCAAAUGUGUACUGUGGACUUGGGAGAACCAUUGCAUUCCUUGAUCAUCACAGGAGGCAGCAUACAUCCAAUGGAGAUGGAGAUGCUAAAUCUCUUUUCCAUAUCAGAAAAUAGCUCAGAAUCUCAAAGCAUGGAUGGACUUUGAACGUAGAUAUUUACUAUUGUCUGAUUUAAAUUUCAACCAUAUAUGGAUUGAUAUGGUUUGGCUGUAUCCCCACCCAAGUCGCAUCUUGAAUUUUAAUCCUCAUAAUCCCCAGGUGUUGUGGGAGGUAAUUGAAUCAUGGGGGGUGGUUACCCCCAUGCUAUUCUCAUGAUAGUGACUUCUCAUGAGAUCUGAUGGUUUUGUAAGCGUCUGGCAUUUCCCCUACUGGCUCUCAUUCUCACUCUUGCCACUCUGUGAAGAGGUGCCUUUCACCAUGAUUGUAAGUUUCCUGAGGCCUUCCCAGCCACGUGGAACUGUGAGUCAGUUAAACCUCUUUUACAAUUA